CGCAGUGCAGCACGGGCGCGCGCGCGUGCGCGGUGCGGGCCUGGCGGGGACGAUGGUGCUGAUCAAGGAGUUCCGGGUGGUUUUACCUUGCUCAGUGCAAGAGUAUCAAGUUGGGCAGCUGUAUUCUGUGGCAGAAGCUAGCAAAAAUGAAACAGGAGGUGGAGAAGGAAUUCAGGUCUUGAAGAAUGAACCAUAUGAAAAGGAUGGUGAGAAGGGACAAUACACUCACAAAAUCUAUCAUUUAAAGAGUAAAGUUCCUGGGUUUGUAAGGAUGAUUGCUCCAGAAGGCUCCUUAGUGUUCCACGAGAAGGCUUGGAACGCGUAUCCCUACUGUAGAACAAUUGUGACAAAUGAAUACAUGAAAGAUGACUUCUUCAUAAAAAUUGAGACUUGGCAUAAACCAGAUCUGGGGACAGCAGAGAACGUGCACAAUUUAGAUCCAAACACGUGGAAGAGUGUUGAAGUUGUCCAUAUUGACAUUGCAGAUAGGACUCAAGUAGAACCAGGAGACUACAAAGCCGAUGAGGACCCUGCGCUAUUCCAGUCAGUUAAGACGAAGAGAGGACCUUUGGGGCCAAAUUGGAAGAAAGAGCUUGCAACUGAUGAAGAGUGUCCCAAAAUGUGUGCUUACAAGUUGGUGACUAUCAAAUUUAAGUGGUGGGGGCUGCAGAACAAAGUUGAGAACUUCAUACAAAAGCAAGAAAAAAGGAUAUUUACCAACUUCCAUCGCCAGCUGUUCUGUUGGAUUGAUAAGUGGAUUGAUCUGACUAUGGAAGACAUAAGGAGAAUGGAGGAUGAAACCCAAAAGGAGCUGGAAGCAUUACGUAAUCAAGGCCAGGUCAGAGGAACAAGUGCUGCCAAUGAUGAAUGAUGCUGGAGCUGCCCGUCACAUGCAGUGCUGCUCUCCAGAUGUGUGUGUGGAUGCAUGAUUCUUUGUAUAUAACUCUAUAUACGCACAUGCAUACUGAAGGGGUUGUUGCCGUGUCUCCAGGGUACUCACCUGUCCUCAGCCAGAUUCCAAGGAAACUGCUUUCAUUAUGUAUUCCUGAAGCAAAUAAAACAAAUCACUGAGUAGUGUCAUUUAAAGGAUGAAUUAACUGCGGAAUUAUGCUAACUGGUAUGUCUCAUGAAUGUCAACACUUGGACCAAUUGAUCUCCCACUUGGUUUUUUUUCUCUCCCUGUCCCAAGUAACUCUGCUCUAACUUGCCCUUGGCUCACUGUAAAGGAACCGAUUGGAAGAGGUUAAUUCCAGUUUUGUGUCUUCCCUAUGUGAUUAUUUUUGGAAUAGGAACAAUGAAUGUAUUUAUAGCUAUUUAUUUCUGGGGUGUCAUUAUCCUAGAGUCAAAGCAAAAAACAAAAAAGGAGGGGGAAAAAUUCUAUGAGUGGAAUUGGGAAACUUUUACUGUUGGAUAAGUUUAAGCCAAACUUUACCCAUUCACUGAUUUAAGAGGGGGGAAAAAAGUACCAUGUUUUAUUGGACUUUUGUACAUGGAAAUGCUAAUGGUUUUCUUUCUUCAUUAAAAUUGGCAAGAUGAAGGAGAAAUGGCUUGUGAUUGGUAAAAUAAUUGCAACUCGAAACCUUCCAGAAGCUGUUUUUCAGGCAAAGCUACUGACAGUGCUUGUGGAGCAUCGCUUCGUGCCUGGUGGCCCUGCAGGGGGGUGACAGCCCUGCCCUGCAGCCGCUCCUCUACUGGUGAAGUUGCUCUCCAGAAGCUAUGCAAAUGGUUUUGGUUUCACACAGGUUGAGCAGUGGGAUAAAUUGUGAUCUUCUCUCUCUUUUCAUGUUGAAAAUACACUUUAGAAGUGAUGUCUGCUUUCAGAUACCAUGGAAGUUGAAACCGUAGCAUCUGAUGUAUUUCUCUGAUGUUAGUGAGUAGACACAAAGUAAAACGGGGGGGGGGCGGGGGGUAACAAAGACCUCCUGUAUAUAACCCUCAAAUAAGGAGAAGGUCUUCAGCAUUUUUUAAGGAAGUAUUCAGAGCAUAUCUUAAGAUGUAUUUUAUCAAAACACUUGCUAGAUCAGAAGCAAAUUAUUUUGAAGCCACUUGUUAGAAAAAGUUCUAUUAAUGCCUCUUGUCUUCAGACACUUGUUAGAAGUUCUGUUAAUGCCUCUUGUCUUCAGACACUUGUUAGGAGAAGUUCUGUUAAUGCCUCUUGUCUUCCCAGCAUCUCCAGAAGCCUCAAUGGGGCAAGCCUUGCUUAAGCCUCCACCCUCAUAACCUCCUCUACAUCAAGCAUUUUGGAAUCGUUUUGGACUUGCUUUGCUUGCAGAAGAACUGAUCCCAUUUCUGUUACAGGCAGUGACAGAAUUUUUCUGAGCUCCCUGGGGUGCCAGGUCUGCUGUGUAUGACCUGCCAGACCAGGCCACCUCUGCCAGCACAUGACAUCAGUACCUCGCCUGGGUCAUUGUGUCCCUUCUGCCCACCCUGCUGCAAAAUCGGUUGUUUUUUAACCCCUUUCUGGAUUAGCAGUUAAAUGGCUAUUUGUCAUCUGUACCAGCAGGAGGUUGGUUUUGUAAAUACACAGAGACCUACACACACUCACACGGCCUCUGCUGUGUGUUUCAGAGGUGCUGCAGCCAGGAGGGCUGCUGCACACCAGGGAACUGGGUGCUAGGUGCUGGGACCUGAGUCCCGCUGCGUUACCAUGAGUCAUGGCACACUGAGGGAAAGGGACCCUGCAGCUUUCAUGGUUUUGGACUAGUUGUGAAAAAUCUGAGAGAAUCUUGUAGUGAAUGUAAAAUGUUUAGUUUACUUUGGCAGUCUCUGGUGUGACCUACAGUAAAACAGUCAAUGACAUUUAAUUAAAUAAAUUUGAUCAUAAAA